AUGACGCUCGCGCAGCACACGCCUUUCAAGAAAACUGGCUCCGGUGACAUUAAAUCUCCCAAAAAGGUGGAAGUGUGUGGGCCGAGACUCGUAAACACAUAACCUUAUUAAGAGCAAAGGGAAGCCGCCCUCCAAGGCCGGCCCUUCGAACUUAAGCAGGCCCCACUUUGAUCGUCUUCGAUCAUUAUUGCGCUGGGAUUGAGGAGGAUAAUUUACUCCCUAAAAUCUGCACAGAACGGACGGCGUGGCCUUCUGAAGGCCGGUCAUCGAAACGAAAGAAGACACUCCAAAUUGUUUUUGAAUUGACGCGCUCAGGAGUUAAAAAGUGGAAGUGCAUAAGCCAAGAAAGGGUCGGUAGCUGCCUGGGAAGUCGCGACAGAUGUUCCCAGUUUACGGCCACGCGAUGGAUCGAGCGACCUUGGGAUCGUCAGCGGUCCAAAGUUGGAUCGAGACAGCUAAAUCAACAAAAACUCGGGAGCGGCCAGGCCCGGAUAAGGGAGGAUAAAGCGAGAGGAGAGGACCGAUCGAUCCCCUCAGCCUCCAGAUGUGCCGAUUGGAACAUUUUACAGCCUUCCCGGCCUCAUUCCCCUUCCCGAGUGAUGACCGUAGUCUUGAAAUUCAUCUCUCAUUCAGGUUUCCGUUUUCCUUACAGUAAGUACAUGCACGUUUCUCGGAACACCUGGUUUAAUUUUAAUUCGAAAUGCGCCGAAUCUAAGAUUUAAAUACUCGCGGUGUCUUGAAUAAAUUAUCGGGAUCCCUAGUAAUUCUAAAACUCCAAGUUUCUGUGAUACUGUGACAAAAAUACGUCAUUAAAGUGGGACAAAGUAGCCAGUUCAUUAUAAAAACGAGGUAGUAAAUUGUAAGCUUCUCGAAAUCUCGGGAAAGAAAAAUUCUGUGAAAAAGAUUUAAUUGAAUCCAGAUAUUCAUUCAGCUCCACUGAAUCCCCCGACCCUAAACUCCGCACCCAAUUAUGGCCAAAAUGGGACAUUCCUCGCUUUUCUAAUUAAAUUUCACCAAAACAAAGUCGGGAUUGGAUACGAGGUUACUCUGAUUAUUCGGAAUGCCAUGAUUUCUCUGCUCUUAUGUUAUAGUAUAUUACCUCGAGAUAUGAUCGUAUAUGGCUGCUCUCUUCCCUUUUUGGCGCCCGAUCAGCGCGGCUUCAAGCCAUUUCUCCGCGUUCUGUCCUCCUCAUGUGGUUUCUUUUCCUCUUACCUUUUGCGGUUGCCUAUCACACGGUAAGUUUUUAUCACUAGUAUAUUCAAAUACCUGAUAUUCUCGGUUUUAUGGCACUAUUUAGACAAAAUGCAUAACUGGUUGUCAGUGUAAUGAGGAGACGAUACGAUGCGCCAGCUUGAAUAAUCAUAACGUUUCAUUUUUCCGAAAGAUCAGCACCAUUAAUUAUCCGAAUUUAAAAUACCUGGAAGUAAAUGGGGCUGAAUUCCUGGAUCUUCCCGACGAAAAUAUCUUUGGAAUCUACACCCACAAGAGACUCCGGAUCGUCAACCUGACUGACUGCAGGGUCACUUCAAUCGGGGCCCAGUCGUUGUCUGGGAUGCCAAAUAUCCGCGGAUUAUAUCUUAGUAACAAUCCUAUCAGAGAAGUAGAUCCAGAUGCGUUGAGUCCCUUAAAAAACUCUCUCGAGACCAUAGAUUUGAGUAAUAUUUUUGAUGCUGAGAGAGUGAAUAACAAGAAGGUCCUCAAGGACAUCUUCUCCAUUCCUUUGCCUCAACUUCAGAACAUUUAUUUGAGGGGAAAUAAUCUUAAAGAAGACAUCGGCUUUCUAUUCUGUCAGGUAAUAACUCUUUGUGUUUGUCUGUUAAUUUGCAGCGGUUCUGUUUCUGCAACACUUCGUAUAGCGCAUUUUUUUAGAAACCCUACAAAAAAUUACAUAAAUAUGUAAUGUCAUCUUAUUUUUGUAUAAAAAAAGUAUAAAAUUUUGUGUGAAAAUAGGCUAUAGUAUGUUGUGGUUAUUAUUCAUUUCUUUUGGUUUUAUGCGUAUUGCGCAACAAUUUCUUCCGCAGUAAUCGUUGUCGGACAAGAAAAAUUUUUAAUGAGAAGUAACGAUGGAAAUCUGUAAUAAGUUUGAAUGCUUUUCAGUCGCCAAAUCUCCUAAGCGUUGAUCUCUCCGAAAACCGCCUGACUCGAUUAGAUAUUCCUAAGAACUGUUCCAGACGUUUGGAGAUCGUCAACUUGGCCCGCAAUGAUCUGACCUCUUUAAUGGACCUACAUUUCUCACCUAGACAACUGGAUUUGCAUAAUAAUCCACUUGAUUGCACUUCCAUAAGGGAUCAUUUGGAUAAAUUACAUGCCAUUGAAAGAUUGGUAAAGGCAUCUUCUUUGUCAUAACUUUAUUAUUUUUAGAACACCACCUUUUGUGCGACUCCAGCAGAUUACAAGGGAUGGUCGUUACAAAAGGUACUUCAAACAGAACAGGAGAAAUCUCGUUGGAUGAGAUUUCUGGUGUCGCUCUCUGCUUUGGCUCUAAUCCUUAUCAUGAUCGGCCUUCUAAUCUACUUCCUUAGGAACAGCAGAAACAUAAAGAGGAAAGAUAUUCAAUACAAUCUUGUGCAAAUGCAGGAAAGUGCGAAUGAGCCUGAGUUUCUGUGA